AAGCGGCCCUUCUUCAUCAUUGGCCAUAUGGUGAACUCCAUUCACGAAGUAGAUCGCUUUCUAACUCGUGGUGCGAACGCUCUGGAGGCCGACGUUAAUUUCGCCCCCAACGGCACUGUCCUCGAAACAUUUCACGGGUUUCCUUGUGACUGUCUCCGGCGCUGCAAAGAACGAGAAAACAUUGCGGACUACCUGGAAUACAUCCGACACGUGACCAGCAUUCCCGGUGCCAAGUUUAGAAGAAAACUGAAUCUGCUCUUCUUUGACCUGAAGACGGCAGAGGUGCCGGAGGAGAGCAAGCAUAGAGCAGGAAUCGACUUGGCACGCAACCUCAUCCAGCAUCUCUGGAGUCAAGUGAGUCCCAAAGACAUGGUAAAUGUUUUAAUAUCCAUCCAACACGUCUCUGACAAUAAAGUCCUCAGAGGCGCCAUUGAGACGAUCAAGCGCUGGGGAGGCCCGCUCGCUCUCAGCAAAAUCGGUUACGACGUGGGCAUGAACGACCCCCUGGACCAGAUUUCGAGAAUGUACCAUAGACUUGGAAUUCGCGACCACCGAUGGCAGGGAGACGGCAUCUCAAACUGCCUCAGCGUUCUAUGGCCAAUGGGGAGACUACGCCAAGCGCUUGACUUUCGAGACUCGGCCAAAGGCUACGUCGACAAGGUCUACCGCUGGACCGUCGACCGUCCGGUGGCCAUUUGGAGGAUUAUAAGGCGUAAAGUAGACGGCAUCAUCACAAACCGCCCUGAACGUGUCCUGUCGGUCCUGCAGAAGUCCUCGGUAGGUUCCAGAGUGAGGCCGGCUGAUAUUCGCGACAGUCCCUGGGACAGAAUACGCUCUGAGAAAAGUAAGAACGACGACCUGGAACAAGAUUCGGAGCAAGACACUCUGGGAGAUGACUGA